AUGGCGCCGAGCCCUGCAGUGCUGCGCGGGCCGCGCAAGCCGCAUUGGGGCUGCAGCCACUGUGGCCGCGCGGCCAACUGGGCGAGCCGAGUCGCAUGCUUGUGCGGCGCCAGCGCGCCGAUGUGGGCGGUGGCCGUCGCUCGUGGGGCAGACAAAGCAGCAGCAGCAGGCGCUCCGUCCAAGAGAGUUGGCGGCUCUGGUCUUCGCCCGUCGCCAGCCCCGUGGAGCGCCGAGUUCAAGUGCAUUCAGCAGAUGGAGCAGCGCCUCAAGGCCACAGAGGCAGAGCUUCGCAAAGUCAAGAGUGGCAACAGUGACAAGUCUCAAGAAGAAGCAGCUGCUGCUCAGGACCCAGCUCAGGCCAAGCGUGCCAAACUUCUCAAGCAGAUCGAGGUGCACGAGAAGGUCGCCAGGGGCGCUGCCGAGUUCGGCGGCGGCGUGCACGACGCGAACAAGAAGUCCAAGCAGCAGCUGGUCAGGCAGCAGAGCGAGCGGGAAGAGUUGCAGCGCAAGAUGGCACAGUUACAACAAGAUAUUUCAGGGAAAGAGAGCGCGAUCAUCGCCAAGACGUCCGAGGUCAAGAUACUGCAGCAGGAGGUCGCCGAGAGCGCGGCCAAGCUCAACCCGCAGCAGCCCUCGACCAAUGUCAAGGACGAGGCGCUCGAUGAGGAGACGUUCAAGCUGGAUGCGGAGAGCGAAGAGGUCAAAGCCGUCCCAGAGCUCGUGGAGUUCUAUGCCAAGUUCUCGGCCGACCCCGUUUUCACCAAGUACCAGCAGCUCAUUCGCGAGAAGUUCAAGAAGAAGGAUGUGCCCAUGCCGCAGGCGGAGCAGCAGCAAUCUCCACCCGCAGCGGGCACCGACGCCAGCAACAAGCGUGGCACCGACGAUGAACUCAACCUGCAGGAAGCUCAAGAAUUGUGGAGCGACCUGCAGAGUGACGCAGCCCAAGGUGACGAGGCCACCAAGCUGCUCGAGCUCAUCAACAAGCUCAACAAAGCCAAGAGGAGUCGUACUCGCAGCCCUGAUCAUGGCGCUCCAG